AUGGCUGUGAGGCCAGAACGGGGCCCAAGAAGUUCUGAGGAGGGGGCGUGGUUCGAGAUCCUACCUGGAGCUGCCAUCAUGGGCAUGUGCUUGGUCAUUCUCAGAGUGGCCACUGUAUACAUCCACCAGUUCAGUAACAGCAGCAAGGAAAAAAGGAUUGCCCACUUUCCCUACCUGUGGAGUUCGAUGGAAAGAGACAGGCACAUCUCUGGAGUUAGCCAUUACUAUGUGUCAAAGGGUUUGGAGAACAUUGAUUAAGGAAGCAUUUUCCUGAUUGAUGGAAAAAUAACUCAGUUACGGUCCUCUAACCCUGCUGGAAGCUUAAGCAGUAUAUUA